CCAUGAUGCUUUGCAGCAGCUCAGUGGCGCUAGCUGCUGCAGAGGCUAAGCUAGCUGGGUCAGUCUGUAAUCUGUCAGCCUGCAGCUAAAAGCACGCAAACCUCUGGGCUCCACACACUACCGGAUUACUCUCAUUUUACAGUUGAAGAAGACCCUCUGAUGUGAUUGCAACUUUGGAUCAGAGAACAGACUUACCGCCCGUACUCUCACAGUGGAUCUGCUGUCACCAGGCUACUGAGAGAAGAAUGACAUUUGUCCCAUUUUAAUUCCUGGGGCUGCUUUGGACAGAGUUGAGGCUGCAUAAAAAGCUGCUGCUCUAAGCCAAGUUGCUCUUUUUCUCAGCCCAUUUCUUUGCAGCCUAGUGUGCAAGUGUUAUGGCUCUGGAGGCCAACUAAGCAAAAGGACAAAACUGGAGGAUUAUGUUGUGCAGUGGUAGUGGGCAAUGGACUAGGAGAGCACAGUGACAAACAUCAUGCUGUGGGGACACUAGGGUCCCUGUUUGAGCCCCCUCUGUGUGGUGCUUUUUUUUUUUUCUUUUCCUCCAGUCUCCUCUGUUUGGAUGGUUGAACACAACGGCUACUUUGAAGGAGACCACCGGUGGCUGUGGUUUGGCCAAAGCUGACAGACUGCUUGCCAGCUAUUGCUGAUUUAAAACACUUGUCCACUUAUACCACUGCUGUAGCCCACAUCGCCGUGGUCUCCAGUAUGGUAAGCGGAGGCUGGAGGCAUCAUAAGACUGGAACUGAACCAUCAACACAGGGGUAGCUGGUUACUUUCCAUCUUUUUUUCCCCCCUGCACUGUGAAGGAUUACAUUCCAGUUUUCAAGGACUUAUUUUUUUCUCAGUGCUGACAUAAAAAGCAGACAUAAAAAAAAAAAAAAGGUCAUAAAGAAAAAAGAGGACUGCUGCCUGGGAGGAUGAAGCUGAGGAAACAGGUGACAGUUUGUGGUGGGGCCAUAUUCUGUGUGGCUGUGUUCUCACUGUAUCUGAUGUUGGAUCGAGUCCAACAUGACCCUGCAAGGCGACAGACCGGCGGGAACUUUCCACGGAGCCAAAUCUCAGUUUUGCAGAACCGGAUAGAGCAGCUGGAGCAGCUCCUGGAGGAAAACCACCAAAUCAUCAGCCACAUAAAGGACUCUGUGAUGGAGCUCACAGACACAGGAGCUGUGUCUCCUAGUGGCCACCUGCCUUUCAGAAGUGCCAAUGGUUCCUGGGUCCUUCCCUUCGACGGCCGCCCCACUUUCCUGGCUGUUAAGCCACAAGAUUGCCAAUUUGCUGCAGGCAGCCGUGGUCAAACGGAUGUUCAGAUGCUGGAUGUGUACUCCAUCCUGAAGUUUGACAACCCUGAUGGCGGUGUAUGGAAACAGGGCUUUGACAUUACUUAUGAGCCUGAAGAGUGGGACAAUGAACCGCUGCAAGUGUUUGUGGUCCCCCACUCACACAAUGAUCCAGGUUGGAUCAAGACUUUUGACAAGUACUUCACGGACCAGACGCAACACAUUUUAAACAACAUGGUGGUGAAGCUGGCGGAGGAUCCCCGCAGGAAGUUCAUCUGGUCUGAGAUUUCUUUCUUUGCCAAGUGGUGGGAGAGCGCAGACAUACACAAGCAGGAGGCGAUGCGCAAACUGAUCCUUGGAGGGCAGCUGGAGAUUGUGACAGGCGGAUGGGUGAUGACGGACGAAGCAAACGUUCACUACUUUGCCAUGAUAGACCAGCUCAUUGAAGGGCAUCAGUGGCUGGAGACAAAUCUAGGUAUUACUCCCCGCAGUGGGUGGGCGGUCGACCCUUUCGGCCACAGCGCUACGAUGCCCUACCUGCUGAAGAAAGCCAACCUGACCAGCAUGCUCAUCCAGCGGGUCCACUACUCCAUCAAAAAACACUUUGCCUCCACCCGCAGCCUGGAGUUUAUGUGGCGGCAGGCCUGGGACACUGGAUCCAGCACGGACAUGUUUUGCCACAUGAUGCCUUUCUACAGCUACGACGUACCUCACACCUGCGGGCCCGACCCCAAGGUCUGCUGCCAGUUUGAUUUCAAGAGGUUACCAGGUGGUCGCAUUAACUGUCCCUGGAAGGUGCCGCCAAAACCUGUGGUGGAGGCCAAUGUAGCAGAGAGGGCAAACCUCCUCCUAGAUCAGUAUCGUAAAAAGUCCAAACUCUACCGCAGCAAGGUGGUCCUCAUCCCCCUGGGAGAUGAUUUCCGCUACGACAAGGCCCUGGAAUGGGAUCAGCAGUACAGCAACUACCAGAAACUGUUUGACUACAUGAAUUCUCACCCCGAGAUGCACGUUCAAGCCCAGUUUGGGACUCUCACCGACUACUUCAGUGCUGUAUACAAAGAACACGGAGUGCCCCAAGGGUCCAGACCUGCAGACUUCCCGGUGCUCAGUGGAGAUUUUUUUGCCUAUGCCGACCGCGAAGACCACUACUGGACCGGCUAUUUCACCUCCCGGCCUUUUUACAAGAGCCUGGACCGUGUUAUAGAGUCGCACCUCAGGGGGGCAGAGAUCCUCUACAGCCUAGCAGUUGCGAAUGCUCGUCAUGCUGGGAUGGAAGGGCGGUACCCGGUCUCAGAUUAUGCCCUGCUGGUCGAUGCGAGGCGGACUGUUGGCCUCUUUCAACAUCAUGACGCCAUCACUGGCACUGCCAAGGAAAAUGUUGUUGUCGACUACGGUACCAGAUUACUGCGUUCACUUAUCGGUCUGAAGAGAGUCAUUAUCAACGCUGCUCAUUUCCUGGUGAUGAAGAACAAAGAGUUUUAUCGCUUUUACCAGACAGAGCCAUUCCUAGAGACGGAUGACAGGCGGGCUACCCAAGACUCUCUGCCUCAGCGCACUUUAAUCGAGCUGGACCCUGCAGGGCCGAGGUACCUGGUUCUGUUCAACCCCAUUGAGCAGGAGCGGCUGUGUGCUGUGACUAUGUUGGUCAAUACGGUCAGGGUGCGGGUGCUCACUGAGGACGGACAAACCCUGCCGGUGCAGCUGAGCGCUCAGUGGAGCUCUGCCAGUCAGAUGAGUGCAGAGGUAUUCGAGGCAACAUUCAUGGUUCGCCUGCCCCCCCUUGGUCUAGCUGUCUUCCACGUUUAUGACGCUCCUGACUCGCCCAUGACGCUCCGCUCCGACACCCUGCUGAGGCUGUCGGGUCGCGACGUCACUGCUCGUGCCGCUGAUCCACUCCCCGUGCGCUCCCAGCAGUCCGACCCUCAGACCUUCUACAUCAGCAGUCAGACUCUCACUCUGGGCUUCUCCGGAUCCACCGGCCUGCUGGAGAGUAUCAAGCGUAAGGAUGAUCCUCAGGAAGUGAAGGUUCAGAUGCAGUUCAUGGUUUACGGCACUCGUCCCUCCAAAGACAAAAGUGGAGCGUACCUCUUUCUACCUGACGGGAAAGCGAAGCCCUACAACCAGAAGGAGCCUCCCGUGGUGCGCGUGGUGGAGGGGCCUCUUUUCUCGGAGGUGGUGGCACACUACCAGCACUUUCAGCAGACCAUUCGCAUUAACAACGUGCCAGGUGUGGAUGGGUUGUCGAUAGACAUCAGCACCACGGUGGACAUCAGAGAUCAGACCAAUAAGGAGCUGGCUAUGAGGCUAGAAACAGACAUCCAGAGUGGAGGCGUCUUUUACACGGAUCUCAACGGCUUCCAGAUGCAGCCUCGUCAACACCACCUCAAGCUCCCCCUGCAGGCCAACUUCUAUCCAAUGCCCAGCCAGGCGUACAUCCAGGACAGCCAUCACCGCCUCACGCUGCACACUGCUCAGUCUCUUGGCGUCAGCAGCCUCGAGAAUGGCCAGCUUGAAGUGAUUAUGGACCGACGGCUGAUGCAGGAUGAUAACCGUGGGCUGGGUCAGGGCCUGAAGGACAACAAGAAGACGGCAAACCGCUUCCGCCUGCUGCUGGAGAGGAGAUCCAUGGGCAACAAGCAUGAUGGCUACUAUGCCAAAGUCUCCUCCUUGUUUCACUCUUUCCUCUCUAAAAUCUUGAGUGACCGAGUUCAAGAGAUGGAGGACAGUGCAACAACAAGCUUCCCGUCUAUACUCAGUCACAUGACCAACGCCUUCCUGAACCACGAGGUCCUUGCGCUGCCCGUCCUGCCAAAAAGACGCGGGAUCCCUCCUCUGCAAACCUUCGCCCCUCUCAAGUCCCUUCUGCCCUGCGACUUCCACAUGCUGAACCUGCGCAGCAUCCAGAGCCAGAAGGACCCCCACUCUCCGUCUGCGUACACAGCUAUGAUUCUUCACCGUCUGGCGAUGGACUGCGGCGUCGAGGCUCAAAACCUCGGCUUCAACUGCACCACCACACAAGGAGAGCUGAGUGUAUCAGGACUCUUUAAGAACCUGGACCUGCAGCUGCUCCAGCCUGUCUCCCUGACUCUGAUGCACUCCAGCACGCCUCUGGCCAACGACUCCUCCAUCAGCCUUGAUCCCAUGGAGAUCUCUGCCUUUAAGCUCAAGCUGCGCUAAAAGCUAUUCACACUCAAAGAGGCAAUAAAAAACAAAAAACAAACCAUACUCCUUGGACCAAGAACCAGUCCGAAACUGGCCACAUACUGGCAACAGAGGGCUCUGAGUCUCUCUGUCUUUGCCGAGCAGAACCACAAACACUACAGCUGCGAGAGGACGGCUCCACUGUAACAGGACCGACUGCACAGCAGGGGGCAGGCGAUGGCUGUUACUGUGGAUGUCUCUUGAGAGCAGGAAAAAAAAAAAAAACCUCCCUGAACUCGCAGCAACACAUGAAAGACUGCAUGGAUCAGAUAAAGUCGGGGAUCUCUCUGUAAUCAAAAAAUGAAAUCUGAAUCGGUUCUGCUUUUUUAAGAACGUAUGUCUUUUUUCUAUCUUUGCUCCAUCCUGGACUGAACUACUGAAUGUAAAUAUAUCCAAAUGACCUAAGGGGGGGAGGGGGGCUGGGACUCGUGCCACAUCAGAGUGCAAUUUACAAAGCUUUAUUUGGUGAAUGGGUUUCUAAUUUUUCUAUGUACGCGGUGAAGGAGACGCAUCACAGCAAUCUUUUUUUUUUCUUUUUUUUUUUUUUUUAAUAUACUUGACUGCAAUUUCAUUAUUUGUUCCCGACAGACUCGAAUGCAGCAAAGAGAAUGUGUUGUCUCUUCAUCUCAAACUGCGGAACUGUGGCUCUGUAAGCUAACAAAGAUGUCUGCGUCCGAGAGUCCCACGUCACCACGGGAUAAAAAUGCGAUCUUUUAUCAUAUCAGAUGACUGUUUACCCUCUGUUGGCUGCUUGUACAUAGUCUGAACACUUUCUUUCACUUCUCUCCCCCCCCCCCCCCCCCCCCCCCCUCCCCCCUCCCCCGAGCCUCGUUUCUGCUGAUGACAAAAAAAAACAAAUCUGUGCAGGAGGAUCUGUGCAUUUCAACGUUCCUGUCAGUCAUUCCUGUGUUUGAACUUCACCACUGAGAGUUUGGCUGUGUUUACCACGCUAUAUGCAGUAGAAGAGUAGACAAAGACUAUACCUCAUUUAUUCCACGUGGCAGAUAAUUCAGUGUGUGUCUGUAUGUUCAUGUGAGAUUACAGUGUGCACUAUCAGGGAACAUUCACAGCACUGUUAGGCCUCAUUAUGUUAGUAUGGAUGUCUGUGGCAGGCAGUGGGGUCUUAUCUUUUGAGGAGGGAGGGAGCUUUGUGGAACUAUAGUUAAACGUAGUAAUAAUCUAUUAAAAAAAACAAAAAACAGACAAACUAACUCAAGUGGUAUCGCUCUCAUCAGAUGGAUUUAGUUUCAGAUAUCUGCUUCCAAUUUUUGUGUGCAUAUUGAUCGACCCCUUUAAAAAAAUGUCCAAAUUACUGAAAUUCGCUCGGGGCUAUCGAUGAACUCUGGAGUGUAUCUAACCACAGAAUAGCGGAUAUUUCUUGGAACAAGUUGCAGUCUCACUCACUAAAUGAACCUGGAACAAUUGAAUUCAUUAUCAAGAUUGCUGUUGAUCUUUUCUUUUCUUUUUUUUUUAUUCAUUACUGCACUUUAUUUGUCAUUAUCACCCUUAUACAAGCUAAAUGGAAUAUGAAUUUUGUGCUGAAAGCAUUAAAAUGUUCUAUUUGGGGGAUAAAAGUGGACAACGUGCUGUCAUUCCUGAAACGCUUUGCCAUUGAUCAGAAAUAUUUCACUGAUCGUGCUGAGGCUGAUUCCUAUUUUAGGUUGAUUCAGAGUUUGGUGUGUGAUCAUUUGAAAAUAUUAUUUUUAGAAAAAAAGCGUAAAAAACCUGCUUGAUUUCCAGUGUGCUGUUGGUGUGCACUCUGAUAAGACCAUGGGUUACAUAAAAGAGAUGGAUGUUUCUCACAGCUGCACAAAAUGAAAGCAGCUCUGCUACAGCAACAUCCACCAAAUCAAACAAAAUAUAUUGAAUAAAAAAAAAAAGGUUUUCAGCUAUUGGCAAUGUGAUGAAGAGGUUCCAGGUUGCAUCUCCUCAUGCACAUAUAAAACAGCAGACUUUGUGAAUUUCCUGUAUGAUAACAGAAAAAAAAACAACAACUAUAAAUGGGAAAGCGGCGGUGAGUGAAAACUGGGUGGGACAGUGUGUCUUGGAAGGAAAUGUUGCUGCUAAAUUUUUUAGAUGUAAUUUUUCAAAGCUGUGAACGCUUUGAGUCAAACUCCAUUCAUCUACAUGGCUGGUGGCAGUCUGUGGAGAGGGUUUCUUUAAAAGUUCAACAAAAAACAAAAACUGUCUGUGCUUCAAGACCUCAUUUGAGAUAAAAACUUAAUUUGGAUGAAAUGGUCCAUUUAAGAAGUUGUAUCCAAACAAACACAGGGUUUCUCAGUUUCUUCAAAUGGAGCUGUUUUUUUGUUUUUUUUGUAUUCCAGCUCCGCAGUGGCUCUUAUCCCAAGGCCUUACUUUGCAGCAUGCUCUGCCUCCACAGUGGCCGUGGAGGAUGUGUUCAUCUGUGUCCAAAGCUGAGGCCGAACUCCUCGCAGCUCACCUGUGUCACACUUCAUGCUGCCCCGCUGUGUCCCAUCAUUUUAACCGCUCACCUGCUUCAUUCUUCAUGAGGCCUCCUGCCGCUCUCCUCCUCUCUGCCCGAUGUCUGGUUAUUAUCACAGUUCAAAAACUCCCCUCUCAUUCUCUUAACAUUUCUGUAACACCAGACUUCACACUGCUCCUUCGAUUGCACUUUCUCCUGCCAUCUUCAGACCUUGCUACGACCUCCUCUCCCUCCUUUCUGUAUGUCUCAGUCUCUGUAUAGAUGUCCUUUUUUAAUUUUUUAGAAUGUGAUACCCGUGUAGCGCUGUUUCUGUUUGUUCAGAGGUAAUAUAAGAAGGUAAUAUUUCAUCUAUUUGUUAAUUCAUGAUGGAUUUAAGCUGCAGAGGAACAGAGGAGAUGAAUAAAAAUCACUUUAUCUGAAACUAA